AUGGAAGAACAGCAGCCGGAACCUAAAAGUCAGCGCGACUCGGGCCUCGGCGCGGCGGCGGCGGUGGCGGCGGCCCCCGGCAGCCUCACCCUGAGUCUCAGCCCCGGCGCAAGCGGCAGCAGCAGCAGCGAUGGAGACAGCGUGCCGGUGUCCCCGCAGCCCGCGCCCCCCUCGCCGCCCACGGCGCCCUGCCUGCCGCCCCUGGCCCACCACCCGCAUCUCCCCCCGCACCCCCCGCCCCCGCCGCCGCCGCCGCCGCCGCCGCCGCAGCAGCAGCAUCUCGCGGCGCCUGCUCACCAGCCGCAGCCCGCGGCCCAGCUGCACCGCACCACCAACUUUUUCAUCGACAACAUCCUGAGGCCGGACUUCGGCUGCAAAAAGGAGCAGCCGCCGCCGCAGCUCCUGGUGGCGGCGGCGGCGGCGGCCGGAGGAGGCACAGGCGGAGGCCGGGUCGAGCGUGACAGAGGCCAGACCGGCUCAGGUAGAGACCCCGUCCACCCGCUGGGUACGAGGUCGCCAGGCGCCGCCUCACUCCUGUGCACCGCGGACGGGAACUGUGGCCCACCCGACGGCUCCCCGCCAGCCACCGCCGGCGGCGCGGGCGCGUCCAAAGCUGGGAACCCGGCGGCGGCGGCGGCUGCGGCUGCAGCAGCGGCCGUGGCGGCGGCGGCGGCGGCGGCAGCAGCGGCCAAGACUUCGGACAACGGCGGUGGCAGUGGAGGCGGCGUGGGGAGUCCAGGUGCGCAGGGUGCCAAGUACCCGGAGCACAGCAACCCGGCCAUACUGCUAAUGGGCUCAGCCAACGGCGGGCCCGUCGUCAAAACUGACUCGCAGCAACCCCUCGUGUGGCCCGCCUGGGUCUACUGCACGCGCUACUCCGAUCGCCCGUCCUCCGGUCCCCGCACCAGGAAGCUGAAGAAGAAGAAGAACGAGAAGGAGGACAAGCGGCCGAGGACGGCGUUCACGGCCGAGCAGCUGCAGAGACUCAAGGCGGAGUUCCAGGCGAACCGCUACAUCACUGAGCAGCGGCGGCAGACGCUGGCCCAGGAGCUCAGCCUCAACGAGUCCCAGAUCAAGAUCUGGUUCCAGAACAAGCGCGCCAAGAUCAAGAAAGCCACGGGCAUCAAGAACGGCCUGGCGCUGCACCUCAUGGCGCAGGGACUGUACAACCAUUCAACCACCACGGUCCAGGACAAAGACGAGAGCGAGUAGCCGCCGCCGGCAGAGGCCGCGCGGUCCGGCCGCCGCACCCGCGCCCCCUCCUGGCACCGCGGCCGCCGCCGUGUGGGCCCCACGCCCCGGGGAGAAAGAAGCAGCGUAAAGGAGGAAGGAAGCAACAGGGAAAAGAGAGAGAAAGAGGUUCCUAGGGUGGAGAGUCACAUUGGAACGAGACAUUUUUUUUUUCAAAAGGGAGAAAGACUCAGACAGGUGCUAUUGAAAAAUAAGAUCAGUUCUCUCUUCACAGUAUAAGGGACGAAAACUACGAACUCCUUAAAGCUCUAUCUAGCCAAACAGCUUACGACCUUGUAUAUAUUUAAUUUCAGGUAAGGAAAAGAAUUAUGUGUAGCGAUCUCUAUUUGCUGGACUUUUUAUUAAUCUCCUUUAUUAUUAUUGUUAUAAUUAUUAUAAUUAUUAUAAUUAUUUUAUCUCCCGCCUCCGCCUCGCUGCCCCCGGCCCAGUUUCGUUUUCUUUUGAAUGUUAUCGCUUCUCCGGUGCCUCCCGUCCCGCAUCGCUAGCCCUCCGUUUCUCUGGGACUUUUCUUUGUGUGCGUGAGAGUGUGUUUCCUCGCGUGUCUGCCCUUCGCCUCUCCCCCUCCCCCCAUCUCCCCGGCCCCUUCUGUCCGUCUGUCUGUCCUGCCCCCGACCCUUUCGUUUUCUGGAGACUUGUUGAGAAAUACGACCCCACAGACUGCGAGACUGAACCGCCGCUACAAGCCAAAGAUUUUAUUAUGUUCAGAAACCUGUAGUCUGAAAUAAAGUGUACACU